GCAGGGGCCUGGGCGCAUGGAAGGGGAAGCUUUACACACACUUUGUUGACAGAGAAAACCAGUCCUGCUGUGUAGAAGUGAUGCACAUUCAUUUUGGAUAAAGAGUUAGACCAAGUGUAUAUUUACAGGUGGCAUCAAUCGGUACAACUGACUCCAAAUCAGCCGUGCGUAAAAUCUGGCAACCGUCUUUUUGGAUAAUGUGGCAGGGCUGUGUUUUGGUGCUUGUGGGCGCGGUGGUCGUGAGCGCCCAGUUCCCCAGGGAGUGUGUGACACCCGAAGGACUCAGGAGUGGACAGUGCUGCCCGUCGCCCUCUGGACUCGACAACGACCCGUGUGGCUCCAGCACGGGGCGCGGACAGUGUGUGUCCAUCUCGGCGGACGCGCGCCCGCACGGCCCUCAGUACCCGCACGACGGACGGGAUGAUCGGGAGCGAUGGCCCGUGCGUUUCUUCAACCGUACCUGUCAAUGUAACGGGAACUUCAGCGGCUAUAACUGCGGCCGGUGCAGACACGGAUGGACGGGGCCCAACUGUGACCAGCGAGUUUCUGUCGUAAGAAGAAACGUGAUGCAGCUCAGCGCGGAGGAGAAGCGUGCGUUCGUGAACGCGCUGGACCGGGCCAAGCGCACGGUGCACCCGGACCUGGUGAUCGCCACGCGGCGCUACCCGGAGAUUUUUGGACCUGACGGCAACACCGUGCAGUUCGAGAACAUCACCAUCUACAAUUACUUCGUGUGGACACACUACUACUCGGUCAGCAAGACGUUCCUAGGCGCGGGGCAGGCCAGCUUCGGGGGAGUGGACUUCUCGCACGAGGGGCCCGGUUUUGUCACAUGGCACAGGUACCACCUGUUGCAGCUGGAGAGAGACAUGCAGGACAUGCUGCAAGACCCCUCCUUCGCUCUGCCCUACUGGAACUUUGCCAUCGGUGGGAACACAUGUGACAUCUGCACAGAUGACCUGAUGGGAGCCAGGAGCAGCUUUGACAUGAAUUCCCUGAGCACCAACUCCAUCUUCGCCCAGUGGAGGGUCAUAUGUGAGAGUGUGGAGGACUACGACACACUGGGAACCAUCUGCAACAGCACUGAGACUUCUCCCAUCAGACGGAACCCAGCAGGAAAUGUCAACAGGCCAAUGGUCCAGCGUCUCCCAGAGCCCCAGGAUGUGGCGGACUGUCUGCAGGUUAACGCUUUUGACACACCACCCUUCUACUCCACCUCCUCUGAAAGCUUCAGGAACACUAUUGAAGGCUACAGCGCCCCCAAGGGGAACUAUGACCCGGUGGUGAGGAGCCUCCACAACCUGGCCCAUCUGUUCCUGAAUGGGACAGGGGGACAGACUCACCUCUCACCCAAUGACCCCAUCUUCGUCCUGCUCCACACCUACACCGACGCUAUAUUUGACGAAUGGUUGAGGAGACACAAUCCAGAUUCGACUCUGUAUCCUGAAGAGAACGCCCCCAUUGGUCACAACAGAGGCUACAACAUGGUGCCUUUCUGGCCUCCAGUGACGAACGCUGAGAUGUUUGUGACCGCACCUGAAAAUCUCGGUUACUCUUACGAAGCUGAAUGGCCAGGUCAACCUUUCACCAUGACUGAAAUCAUCACCAUGGCAAUAGUCUCUGCCCUCAUCGUCGUCGCAGUGAUUUUUGCCGCCACCACAUGUGCCGUGCGCGCCAGGUCCUACAAGAUGGAAGGCCACCAGCCUCUGCUCGGGGAGCAGUACCAGCGCUACGACGCUGACAAAAGCCAAUCUGUAGUAUAAGUUCCGGUGUUCAAACAUGAGCCUCUGUCUUCUCUUUACUUUUUACUGUGACACAGCUAUGCAGUAUGUUAAGCCUGAAUCUGUUCUCAGUGGAGAGCAUGUGUAGAUCCUGAAUGCUACAGCGUCAUAGGAAGUAAUCUUUUGGCUGCAUUCAUGCCCCCUAUAACAAAGCUGAUGUAGUUCAUUUCUCUUCACAAAUAAUGCAUAUGUGAAGAUGCAUUUUUGUACUGGAAAAGAUACUUUUUACGAGUUUGGUUUUGCAAAGAUUGCAGUGAUUCAAUCAUUGAAAUUUUCAGAUUGUGGGACAGUUUGAAAAUGUGUUUAAAUAAAGUGAACGUGGACAGCUGGAGUGUUGGUGUGAUAGUGAUGCCACCAGGUGGUGCUAAACUGUGACUGUGGUCAGGGCUUUUAAAUGUCAGUAUCAGCAGUGAUGCCCUCUGUAGUUUACUGUCUGAUGUUUCACUAGUAAGGAGAUCAGGUGUAAAGAACAUAGAUUCUGAUAAUAGAUGAACAAGUUCUGUACCUUAAUGAACACAUUUAAAGUAAUGGAGUAGUACAAAACUAAUAUCUGCAAGAUAAUUAAAAGUUAUAGAAGUUCUACCAUGUUUAUAGUCUAUAAGACUUUAUGUGUUGAUCUCACUUCACAGUUUAGUUACACAAUGGCAUCAUAGAGAUAAAGUAUUAGGAAUUAGAAAAUGCACUGCCUACUAACAGAGCCGUAACGACCACAAGGGGGUGCAAUAGUUCAGUGUCUGAAACUCUGCAUGUCCUUGGUAAAUCACACUUGAAGGGGGGUUGUUCUGCUUUUGUUUAUAAUGAUACACUAGGAAUAACCUGAUGUAUGAUUAAUGAAUGGAGACGUAAAAAGAAAAAAAUGCAUUGUUAACAGGUUGUAAUUCAGAUCCAUCUUUUUUUCUUUUAUUUUGAACAAAAUGUGUGUAAAAUGGUUAUUAAUGAUAUUCUGUUUUUACAUGUAUACUUUUAUGCCAGAAUGCUGUUGGAUCGGGGUGCAUGCCAAAUUAUUUAAAUGAUUAAAUGUGUUGCCUGCACAGUAGUUUGUUGGACUUU